UCCUCAUCCACCGUGCCCACCUACUACUCUGCACCUUUUUCGAACCCACCCGUGGGAUUAAAAUAACGACGGAAAAGAAGAGGAAGGAAAGAGAGGAGACGCCCGCCGCCGGGGGGAGACGUGCCUCAGAGGGGAGCGGCUAGAAUAUUAAUUGAAGCAUGGCUGACUGGAGCUUUCUAGGGCGGCUGUUGGAGAAUGCUCAAGAACACUCCACUGUGAUUGGAAAGGUUUGGCUUACUGUCCUGUUCAUUUUCCGCAUCCUGGUGCUUGGCGCCGCUGCUGAAGAGGUCUGGGGUGACGAGCAGUCAGACUUCACCUGCAACACCCAGCAGCCCGGUUGCGAGAACGUCUGCUACGACGAGGCCUUCCCCAUCUCCCAUAUCCGCUUCUGGGUGCUGCAGAUCAUCUUUGUUUCAACGCCCACUCUCAUCUACCUCGGCCAUGUGCUGCACAUCGUGCGCAUGGAGGAGAAGAGACGGGAAAGGGAGGAGGACCUCCGAAAAGCUGUACGUCAUCAGGAGGACCAUGACCCUUUCUAUCUUAAUGGCGUCGGUGAUGGAGGGGGAGGAGGUGGCAGAAAGGAGAAACCGCCAAUCCGGGACGAGCACGGGAAGAUCCGGAUCCGCGGGGCCCUACUGAGGACCUAUAUCUUCAACAUCAUCUUCAAGACCCUGUUUGAGGUGGGCUUCAUCUUGGGGCAGUACUUCCUCUACGGCUUUCACCUCAAGCCACUCUACAAAUGUGGCCGCUGGCCCUGCCCCAACACUGUGGACUGCUUCAUCUCCAGGCCUACCGAAAAGACAAUCUUCAUCAUUUUCAUGCUGGUGGUAGGGUGUGUCUCUUUGGUCCUCAACCUACUUGAGAUCUACCACCUGGGCUGGAAGAAAGUUAAGCACGGAGUCUUGAAGGACUUCGCCCCUGACAGCCUGUCACUCAACGAGCCUGGAGACACGGAGACGAUUCCUGAACAGACCUCACCCCCAGGGCUCGAGCGUUUGCCAGUCUGCUCUAAUGUGUGUGCGGCGAGGGGCGAAGCAGCUGAAGGAGGAACUUACAGUCCAACUGGAGCCUCCCACACGGUGAUCUCCUUAAACCCGGACAUGGCUACCGCACCUUUGUCUGAAGAACUUAAUGUAGAUGGUGCUUUCCACCAAAGCGACUUCCUGAUGGAGUCGACGCCUGCUUCUGUCUACAGUGAGAGUGAAGAGAGCCAUGGCCACCUUGUGGAGAUGCGGCAGAAUUGGAGAAACAUGGCUUUGGAGCUUCAAAAUCGAAACGAGGAAGAUUCCUCCAAAUAUCCCCUUCCUCGUCCUUCUCCGUACCCUUCUACCCCUUCCUCCUCCUCCCAGGAGGAGGCGGAACGUCUGGAAGAGAAGCGACGCUCCAUGUUUCCAACGCUUCCUCGCAACACACCUCUUUCUCCACUCGCGCCUGAGGAGAGCGCGCUCGCCGCGGCGCCUAGCAGCGAAUCACACGACGACUUCACGGUGAUAACAAGGGCGGAGAUGCAUCAGCCUCCCGCAGCGGCAGGGACGGAUUUCAGGAGGCAGGGAAGCAAGAGCAGCUGUGCCCGAGCUCGCCCCGACGAUCUGGCCGUGUAGCUAAAAUGUACACACUCGCACAUUUACAAAACGUUGCACAUGUGCUUCUCCCUUACCCAUACACACAAGAAACCAAACUACAGUACGUUCUGCAGCUUAAAUCUAGCUUAUUUCAUUCAGGAAGCGAAGGAGGGUCAUUAAAAAACACCAUGUAUGAGAGGAACGUUGGAACAUUGAUAGCAUUCUCAUGUCUGUGUGUAAACUAUAGAGAUUUGGUUCAAUAUCAUUGGAAAUAUCCAAUAUUUUCCACUGUAAAGCUUAGAAGUACAGUGAAAAGAAGUUCCCAAACAUAAAUGUUGUUUUUUUGUCUUUUUUGUGUUCCAAACACAAACCCAAGUCUUAAAGUUAGAUUCGUUGUUACUUGUUGUAGUUAUCUAGCGUGUCUUCUGAUUCUGAGAUAUCAAGAAAGAAUGCUGAAAAGCAUGCUGGUAGUCUUCAAGCACAGUUAAACUAUUUUAAUUCGUUUAAAUAGGUUUCUGCUAAGGGGUUAUAACUAGCGGGCCAAAAUGAAGAAAGUUUUCUUAUUAUACUGUCAAAUUUUAAAUAUGUCAAGGAGUUGAUGCAAACUCGAUUUCAUAAAUCUUUAAACAGUUGACAAAUUUUCAUUGGAUGGUUCUUACAUAGAAGCUCACAGAGUCAAGUGUCUCCGCUUUGCAACCAAUAGGGAGCUCAAUACGCUGCCAUGUGGUACACUGAUGAACCAUGAGCAGCAAACUCCCAUUUGAUAUAAUUCAAUUCAAUAUACUCAUUCAGUAUCUUGAUACAAAGGAAUAUGAUUCGGUACAAUCAGGAUGAAAACAGUUUCUCAAUAAAAUCCUUGUUUUCUAAUUCCAGUACAAGAUUGUAAAGAUUAUGAAGAAUCUAUAAUGUACAAGAAUGUGCUUAUCACCCAUUCAGUAACUCACCACCAAGCAAAACAAAAUCUUAACCUUUGAAAGAGGAGUCUGUGAGAUUUAAAAAAAAAAAGAUGAUAUAUUGGCAGAUAUUGUAGCAAAUCAAAACGGUGCACAUACAAUUGCAAACUGGUUAGUACAGUAUUUAACCCACAUGCCAUACAAUCAGUGGUUUCUUCAGGAAUUUUGGCUGAAUUAUUUGGAUGAAUUUUAAUGAUCUGAAUUACUAAGAUUUAAAAA